UUCUCGAAGCUCUUUUGGCGGGAAAAUCUUCAUAGCGUUGUUGAUCAAAUACGAGUAUACAUAGAUCUUUUUUUUUAAUUGAUUGAUCGUUGAUCAGCUUUAAAAUGUCUACUAUGAAAGUUUGUGUGUUAUUCAGGCCUCUAAAUUCGAAGGAACUAUCUGAGUUCGGCGAUGCUGUCUCUGUUCAAGGAAUUAACUCUGAGUCCUUCAUAGUCAAGGAUGAGAAGGAACAGGAAUUUGAUUUUACCUUCGACAGAGUUUUCUAUCAAGGAUCUGAACAAGCUGAUAUAUAUGAAUUUCUAGCUCUGCCUAUAGUCCAAGGUGCCCUAGAUGCAAUAAACGGUACAAUUAUCACUUAUGGUCAGACAGGAGCAGGAAAGACAUAUAGCAUGGAGGGACCAAGCAUUGUAGAUUGUGAAAGCAAGAAGAAAGGCCUAUUGCGGAGAGUGGUGGAUGGGCUUUUUGAGGCCAUAACGAAUUCAGAGAAACCUAGCAAAUACACAAUCAAAUUAUCAAUGGUAGAGAUCUACAUGGAGAAAGUAAGAGAUCUCUUUGAUUUAUCGAAGGACAACAUACAAAUAAAAGAGAGUAAAGUUCAUGGAAUUGUUCUAAAUGGAGCAACAGAAGUAGCUAUAUCCAACUCUGCAGAAGCAUUGCAAAGCUUGUCUAGUGGGAUAGCUAAUAGAGCAGUCGGAGAAACACAAAUGAAUAUGUCGAGCAGCAGAAGCCAUUGCCUCUACAUAUUUACCGUCCACCAAGAUCUUACAAAGGAUAAAAGUAGGACCAAAUUUGGAAAGCUGAUACUCGUAGACUUGGCGGGGUCAGAAAAAGUUGAGAAGACUGGAGCUGAAGGUAAAAUUCUUGAAGAAGCAAAGACCAUCAAUCAGUCCCUCACAGCACUUGGGAAAGUGAUAAAUGCCAUGACUAGCAGCACUCCAGGAAAACCAACUCAUAUUCCUUAUCGUGAUUCUAAGCUCACUCGGAUCCUACAAGAUGCUCUUGGUGGAUGCUCUCAGACUGCAUUACUUUGCUGUUGCUCUCCAAGCCCUUCCAAUUCUUCAGAGAGCCUCUCCACCCUGCGAUUUGGUGCUAGAGCAAAGCAUGUAAAGGCAUCAGUACAUGUUAGUUGCAAGGAAGAUCUAGACAAUACCAAGGAUGCCACAGUCUAUACUUAUGUAGACGAGUCCAGGGAGAGAAUAUUGGCCAAGCUGAGAGAGAGAAUGACUGACGAUGAUGUCCUAUUGCUUGAGAAAUUAUUUGUACUGGAGGGAAUUUUCUUUGAUCCCAAUUCAAUUGACGAGAUAGAUGCCGCAUAUGAAGAUGUUACAUCAAGGACAAUCUCAUCAUUGCAUAAAGCCGUGGAAGAGCUGAGUACUGGUGUAGAGAAGAUGAAAAUGGAGAACGUCGCUCUUAAGGCCAGCUUGAAAGUUUCUGAAGAGUUUUAUCAACAUCAACUCGAAAGAAGGUCACUCUGCUUCAUUCUCUGAUUGUAAUUAUGGACCUUCAUUUUUAAAGACUGCAUUUAAGACAUGAAUAUUGGAUUCGAUAAUAGGUUACUUGUCAUCUCAUGACACUUUCAUUUUUUGGACAUGUAAAGGAAGCCUUAAAAGUUAGCAAUUCGUGGAAGCAACUUCCCAUUUUGCUUUCAGGAAGGAUUGAAGUUUUUUGGGCCCA